CGUACGCCAACGCGCGCCGCUCUGCGCGGGCUGCGCGUGGCCUGCCGUCCGCCGCCGCACGCCGCGCGCCCGCCCUGCGCCGCGCCAGAGCCGCCGUGUCCUCUCACAUGUCAACGAAACGCGGACAAUACCUUUAAAGAACACGUGAAAGAAGUUCAAUGUCCCGUCAGCCCCCACGCACAAUGCGGGGACUCCAUGGACCGCGUGGCGCAGCGGAUUUCAGCGGCGCGACUCGCGCGGCGCCAGGAGUACGAGCGCGAGGUGGCGGCUCGUGCUGCGCAACACCCCGCCGCGCCCGUAACGCCGCCCGCGCCCCUCGCCCGCAGCCUGGCCGCCGGUCGCGAGGUGGUCCGCGCCACCGACGGUCGCGACUACGUGGUGCUGCCCCCGCUUGCGCAUUCACAACAGAAAUCUGACCACGGUGAAAAAGAUUCAACUGUAGAACUCGAUCCCGCUAAAGGUUGUGUAAUCAAUCCAUCCUCCCACGUCGACCCGUGUGCGCACCGACCGCGAAUUUUACUCGAAAUUGAUCGUAGCGAAGUCUCCAAAACUGCUCGAUCACCUCUAACAGCUAGUAAAUCUCCGCUCGUUUCGGCCCCGAGCUCCGCUCAAAACCAGAAUAAUGAAAAUGAAGUCGAGAAUUCCAAAAAGUGCUGCAAAGGGUCCGCUCUCGGCCCGAUGACGGACUGGUGCUCUUCUCGGCCGAAGAUAAAGCCUCAACGACCCGACUGUGUCCAACCUUCUCUAGUCGAGAGAAUCAAACGACGCUCGCUAAAUUCCUCUAAUGAAGUUCGCAAAUUUCACACCGCCUCAUCUUUAUUAUCACAAAACCUUACGCCGACCGAACAAAAUGAAAUCGGAGACGUUACGGCUAAAGUUAAGGCCGACGCCCAUAAAUUAAAUAAAAUGUUGGACGAUAGAGAUAAAUUAAAAGAAGCCGGUCGCGGACGGAAUACGAUUCGGGAUAAAACGGAGGAGGCGAGUGCGAGCGGUCAGCUGGAACUGCGCGCGCCGGCGAGCGGCGUGGGAGUGCGCGUCCGUGUAUCGCUACUUGGUGGCACGCCGCCUGCGCGCCCCUGCGCUCGUCCUUCCAGGCCCUCAGACUCUGCCGACGGCGCCCCGCAAGACCCGAGUACCACUUACUAUGGCAAAUGCGACUCCUGGCUUUCGAUAAAAAAUAUUCAAAAAAAGCUCACAGGUUGUAGGAAUGAUGAUAAAAGCGGGUCACAAAAUCCAUCCUCAAAAGAAGUUAAUUUGGGAUCCGGAAGUUCACCCUGCUCCCUCAAGCAGAGUCAAAAACGCUCGCCAUGCGACCAAAAACGACAACACAAGAGCGACUCCCCAUGUCAGGCAAAACAAAAACCAAAGCCCCCGCCGUGCUGCGGCGCGCCUCCCACCUCACGAUGCUCUGCGCCCAAUAUGCAAAUUUUACCAGAUACAACAUUAAUACUUUGAAUACAAUGUCAAUCUCGUGUGUGUGUGUGUGUGCAUAACUGUUUUGCAAAAAUGAUUAAAUAAAUUGAAAGUUAUUUGAUUUCCCUUAUCUUACAAUAACAUAUAAAGUGACAACCCGAAUUAAACUUUUC